AUGGACCACCACGCAUAUGCCCCAUGCUUCACUCAUCUCAAACUUCUCAGAGAAGGAACGCAUCGUGCGGUCGCUAUCCGCAAUACUCUCACUUCAAUACGGCAACUCGGCAAACUCAGACGCCAUGUAUCGUCACUGAUCCAUCCGCCUAUGCUCCCCCCUGUCCACUUCACCUGCAUCAACAUCAGGAACACCGUUCUCGCCUCACCGGUCUUUGACCCUCACGACAUCGUGCACCUCACUGUAGUCGAGCAUUACAUCAUCAUGCUCAUCCAGUUUGUCAAGAAAGACUUUGCGAUGUUCAAAAGUACUACCCCCCCGUAUAACAAGGUGAGGUGGCACCAGAAACUGGACAUGUGGGCAGAGUGGUCGGCAAUUGAGCGCUGGUUUGGAUUCUCCGGUUCAAUAAAGACAGGCGAUAACGGGUGGUAUGACGUGGCUUUGGCUCAGCUAUGGAAACGGGUCCACAAAAGAGCGAAGCGGAUAGUGAAAGGUCGGUCGGGAGAGGUCAAGGGCAAACACCUGAUGAACGGACUGAAGAAGCUAUGGGAUCUACGUCAUAAGAUAUCGCUCGGCAUCAUACCUACGGCUAAAAUUGCACUGGGCGAUGAGUGGGAGAAUGAGAAUAUGGAUCUGAAGUGGCCCGGAGUAGAUUAA